AUGGAGCGCAUGAGUGAUGCAGCAGGCACCGUCAUGGAGCUCCUGGUGCAGGUGGGCCUGGCGCACCAACAGGAGCUCCAAGCAGUGAAGGACGAAGCGCUGGCUGAAAGUGCCAGCCUCCAGGCCGAGAUCGAGGAGCUUCGCAUUCUCGCGUCGCCUGCGCGAAGCCCACAGAAUGCAAACAGCAGGAUCCACUCCACUUCCAAGAUGCGAAGCCGUGGUAAAGGCGCUGGAUCUCCUGCGGAAGAUGAGCGACCAGAUGACGGAUUCCUGGACGACAGGACCCUGGAGGUAGAAAGCCUGGAGUCCUUCCAUGAGGACCAAGGCCUGCCAGGGAGCCGGCAGCCAUCUCAUGCCAGCGCCAGGUCUGGAUGGCCAAAAGCACCAAGUGAUACUGGUGCGAUGGAGCACGCGCCGUCAGCGAACACACAGAAAUCAGGCAAAUCGGAUUCUGAGAAACAGGCUGAGAGACGCAGUUUCCUGAAACCUAGAGAAGAUGAGGAUGAGAAGACCGAGGCCAAGAUCCCGGAUUUGUGUGACAUUUGGAAUGCAGGCCGGCCUCUGAGCAAGGCACGUGUGAACUUCAUGGCAUCUCGCACUCGGAAGGCGUGGCGCAGGCCUUCGGUACUGCAAGCAGCUUCUCCCAUAGAGGAGUUCUUUACAGAGGGGCCCGGGCGAUGCAUUUCCGUCCUGGUCGUCGCACCGACGUCGGUGAAACGCUUGUGUUACGACGUCUUCGGUGUUCUCUUGAUCUGCUAUGACCUGAUUUUUCUUCCCAUCGAAGCCUUCCAGCCUGAAAGCAAUGCAUUCAUGGAAGUGAUGGCCUGGGUCUCCAGCUGCUACUGGCUCUUGGACAUUCCCUUGUCCUUCUUGGUCGGCUAUCCGUUACUGGAGGAGGGAACCGUUGAGAUGCGGGUUUCGAAGAUCGCGAUCCAAUACCUCAGAACAUGGUUCAUCUUCGACAUGGCGGUUGUCUGUCUGGAUUGGGCGCUACACAUCUGGAGCUUUAUGUACGCUGCCAACUCGGAUUCAGGAGCCGAUGCCGGCGUGGCUUUCUUCCGAACGGCGAAGACUAUCCGCUUGCUGCGCUUUUUCCGGCUUAUCCGGCUAAUGAAGGCUCGUGGCCGGAUCAAUGACUUCGUCGAGCGUGUGCAGUCUGAGGCAUCAUUGAUCCUGAUUGGUAUUGCAAAGCUUGUCGCUUUCAUCAUCCUUGUGAACCACCUGGUGGCCUGCGUGUGGUAUGCUAUAGGCACCUAUGAUCUCACCAGAGAGGACAGAUGGCUUCGAGCCAGUGGCUUGGAAGCCAGGAAUGUAUGGUACAGAUAUUCCACAGCCCUUCAUUGGUCGAUUACACAGUUCACACCAGCAUCCAUGGAAGUUGUCCCGGCGAACGAGUACGAGCGAUUCUUCACCGUUUGCAUGAUCUUAUCCGGCAUGCUCAUCUUCUCGUCGUUCGUAUCUGCAAUAACCAAUGCCAUGAACCAGCUGCGAAACCUCAACAGUUGGCGUCAUGAACAAGAAUCUCUUUUGCGACGAUACCUUCAGGAAAACUCAGUCACCCCGUCGUUGACAGCCCGCAUCCACAACUGCUUGCAGAAAGCGUUGCAGCAAUCUCGUCGGCGGGUGCAUGUGGAUGAAAUUCGCAUACUUCAGCAACUGCCGCUGAGCCUCAAGUUUGAGCUCACCAGCGAAAUCUAUGCCCCAGCGCUGGGAAGGCAUCCCUUCUUCACCUUCUGCCACAGCUGUCUGCCAUCCGAAUCACGAAAGAUCUACAGCAAUGGAGUAGCGCAGAAGUCCUUGGUGAUCUCUCAGGAGCUGCUGACCACUGGCGAAGCUGGAAAGCACAUGUACUUUCUCAGUUCUGGCACUUUGGUUUACACGAGGGAAGACGAGCCGGAGCAGCAAGGGGUGACAACAACGCAGCCUUGGUUGGUGGAGGCUGCCUUAUGGCUGAAGUGGAUACAUGUUGGGACGGCCAGCAGCACUACACACUGCGAGCUUCUGGGCUUGGACGCGGGCAAAGUCCAGGAUGUCCUGAAAGACGAGGUGACGGUUCGAGCCUAUGCGAGGAAGUUUUGGAAAUACUUCUCGGAGAAUCCCAGGCUUCUUUCUGAUAUCUGGAUCGAUGAGGAGUCUGUGCACCACUGGGCUGCCAGUGCUAUGAGUCGAGCCGAAGAAAUUCUGGGCCACAGCAUUCAACCAGAGCCACUUAGCCCCAACUUCACAAGGUUCCUGAACCGCUUCCGUCGGUUGAGCACUGGCAUGCUGCGCCGGUUUUCUGUGGCGAGCAUGGAUGUUGACGACGCCUCACCUGGAGCUGGGCCCGGAAAGUUGCCACCACAGCUGCAGGCGCUGGUGGACCGGAUGCAACUGCAGCGGCAGGAGGCAGCAGGCGCCGACUCAGACAGCGAAUCCGGGCUUGGCGAGGAUUCCGAGGAGGACGUGCCGCCUGCGAAGUCGAACCGGAAAGCUUCCAUAUGUGGGCACCUCAGUCGAGGUGACACAUGA